GUGAUUGACAACGUGCAUGCGGCGGGUCAUAUUUUUGCUCCUGUUUGUAAUUGGAAAUAAAACAGAGAAAUGCAUGGAUUUUCUAAUUGGUGCACCCAGAUUUAUAUAAACAAGAGACACAUCAGGGUGGAAACUAAGAAAAUUAAAAAAUGUCACUGCUUAGUUCUAUAAAAAUCAUAAAGAUAAAAUUAAAAUUCAAAAAGAAAUCGUUAAAGAAUACCGAAAAAGAUCUGCUAGAAUUAUUAUCUAACAAAAAAUAUGAUUUUUCAAGCUUUAAAAAUAUUGAACUGACAGGUAGAGGUUCAUUUGGAACCGUGUUCCGUGCUAAUCGAAAAAAUAAAAAUUUUGCUUUGAAAACCUUCAAUAAUAAUAAAAUGACUCUUGUUGUAAAAGAGUUAAAAAUACACAAACUUGUUAACCAUCAUGAAAAUAUUUUACGAUUUUGUGGAAUAACAGAAAUAAAUGCUGAUACGGUAUAUCAAAUCAACAAAUACUGCCUAGUAUUGGAAUAUGCUGAUAGUGGUACAUUAAAUAAAUACUUAAGCAACCAUUUUAAUGAACUUAAUUGGUAUGAUAAACUUAGCUUGGCUUUACAAUUGGCAAAAGCAUUACAACAUUUACACAAUAAAGAUAUUAUUCAUUGUGAUCUGCAUGCGAAUAAUAUACUUAUACAUAAGAAAACUAUUAAAUUGGCAGACUUUGGUUUAUCUACAUCAACAAAAGAAACAUCUGAAGAUACAAAUAAUGUAUUGCGUAUAAUUGGCAUAAUACCUUAUAUAGAUCCAAAACAUUUUAUUGUUGAAAAUUAUAAAUUAAGUAAAAUGUCCGAUAUGUAUAGUAUUGGAGUGCUUUUAUGGCAAAUUUCAAGUGGACGUAAACCAUUCUCUGAUACUGAUUAUGACAUAAUGUUAAGCUUGGCAAUAAUAAAUGGAGAAAGAGAAGAAAUUAUCGAAGGCACUCCUGUUGAAUAUAGUAACUUAUACAAAGGUAGUUCAUUUUAUUACAAUUAAUAUUUGCUGUUAGGCGGUAGGCUGCUCGAAUAUGGAGUCUUAAUUGUUUCCGAGGGCAAGAGCAUUACAGCGUUAUUUGUUUAAUGGAAAUGCUUCUUCGAACCUUGUGAACAAGGGAAAGAAACAGCUACCUACGUCUAUUUAUGCGGUGUGAUAUUCUAAGUUA